GAAGCCUGUACAUAUAAAACUAGAUUUGGUCAAAGGAAAGCCCAAAGGCUCCAAAAAUAAGACCUUCAAUCACUCCCACAGACCACUCACCAACUCUGCUUCCUUCUGUCCCCAGCUAGGAAAAAUGAUUGAAGUUUGUGUAUUUCCUUCCUGUUAUUAUUAUAUUGUUGAUGAUGGCCAGCUAUAGUCUCAUUCUCUCUCUCUUCUUCUCUUUAUUAUCGCUUAUUUCCUCUCCCUCAAUUAGGCUUUUUCCAAUUCCAUUGGCCAGCCAUCUUCUUACUUUACGAAGAUGCAAGACACAUUCUCCAUCCCUUCCUGUUUCACGCCGGGCGAGCCGACGGCCGAUGAUCCCACAUCUAUUGCUGCAACCAGGUCAGGCCGGAGCAUCGUGGCAUCGGUCUAUCGGACCAUGAUCGCCGGCCACUGCCGAUUGAUCACUGUGACUUGGUGCAGAGAUGUCCGAGUUCAUGGACUGUCCAUUUCGGUGGUGGAGGAUUCAGACAAUGUUGAUGAGACUAACAUGAUCAGCAGCAAACGGCAUAGCUGCAAGGUGGAGCUGCGGCCAUGGUGCUUCUGGCGCAAACAUGGCUGGAAGCGCUUCCACGUGGAAGGGAAACCUGUCGAUGUGUUCUGGGAUCUUAAGAGCGCAAAAUUCUCAGGCGAACCCGAGCCUCGAUCCGACUACUAUGUCGCGGUGGUCUCCGACGAUGAGGUGGUCCUCCUCCUUGGUGAUCUUAACAAGGAGGCCUACCGGAGGACGGGGUCUCGGCCAGCAGCAAUAGAUGCCACCUUGGUGUCCAGAAAGGAGCACGUCUUUGGCAAGAAGAGGUUUGUGGCAAGAUCCAUACUCAGUGAGAAGGGGAAGCUCCAUGAGAUACUCAUCGAGUGCAGCAACAGGAGCAGCAGCAGCAGCAUUGGAAGAAGCAACAUGGAUCCAGAGAUGGUGAUAAAGGUUGAUGCGCAUGUGGCCAUUCAUGUGAGACAUCUCCAAUGGAAGUUUAGAGGCAAUCAGUCUAUCACAGUGAACAAAGCUAGAGUGGAAGUGUAUUGGGAUGUUCAUGACUGGCUCUUCAGCCCUGGUCUGACGCACGCAUUGUUCAUAUUUAAGCCUCGGUCUCUACUGCACUCUUCUACGUCGUCCUCCCCUUCAUUGAUGAGUUCUUUUGAUGGAAAGGAUUCCGAUGCAGACGGAUCAUCUGGAUUUUGCUUGUUUCUUUAUGCCUGGAAGUUAGAAUGAUGGAUUAAUUUCUUACGCUAGUCUAAUACCAUGUUAUUGUUGCAAGUUAGAGGGAGUUGAGAGGUUGCCUCGAUCAAACCUUGCAUGCAAUUUACUGUAACUUAUGUUCGAUGUAAAUUAAGUUCUCUUCCUUCAGGAAAAAAA